AUGACGUCUGCGCUUGUCCAACGUGGGAUGAAAUUUGCUAGAGCAGCCAGCGAAGCGGUGACGGAGAAAGUCACCAGCAGUUCGCAGAAUCGAGGAGAGUGGGCAGUCGAAGUCAAUUGCACGCUCAGUGGACGACGCUCGAUUCGACGAGGGGAGAUUGGGAAGGACCGAGUCGGCGGGUUGCAGCUUCGAGUGCUCAAGACGCACAACGAGCAACCGGGCACAAAAUGGUGGGAGGAAUCGGAUUGGAUCCUGAACGACCGCUAG